GGGGUUUCUUCAGUGAAUAUAGACGAACAAAGCAUUUCGAACGCGCGGCAUUUCGAUCGACAUGCCGGACGUGCACAAAAAUUAAUAUCCCCCCGUUGUGGGAUUUGAAACCUCACAAUUUUUGAGCGAUAACACUUUGUUGGCGAGCUAAUUUCGCGAGCCCUUCAUCAAUUCGCUCAUUCGGGCGCUGGCCACUGAAAUUUGUGAAGUAUUAAGGUGCAACCUGCAACGUUAACAUGGAGCUCGAUGAGCCGUUAAUUGAGUCGCCGACGCCGCCUGAUCAGGACAAUGACAUUGAGGAAUUAGAUCCUUUGGCGAUGGCCACACCAUCGCUGAUUGACGAACAAAAAAGUGAAAAAAGUGCUGAAGAAGUACACCACGAGUCCAAAAAGACUCCUCAACACCUUUCAGAGAGUGUGGAGACUCCUAAGGUUUCGUUGGUGUCAUCCUCUCCAUCUCUUCUCUUUUUAGCUCUGAAAGCCGCACCCUUGGAAGCUGCAUUCCUCACUGACGAUGAGAAUGAUGAAGAAUUUGGAGGCUUUGAGGUUUCAGAAAAGCAAACCCCUGCUGAAGCGAAAGAACUGAAAUUACUGGAAAGUGAGUUAGAAGAGGCAGAAGCAGCCGCCGCUCUAGAAGUAGUGUCAGAAUCAGAAGAGUCCUUGCCUGGAUCCCCUGGGGAUUUAGUCAUCGCCGAUUCAAGCGAAGAGCCACUUUCCCCUCAGGAAAUGGGUGGAAAGCGUAAACGUGCUCCUUCUAUUGCCUCCACUGCCUCUGGAGGCAGUUCUGCCUCCAGAGGCAGCCGCAAGUUCGACCCAACUUUACCUCUUUACCAGAAGCCCUUCCAGCGUGGUUUUGUAAGGGAGGUCGUCUACCGCAGCACAUUUGACAUCUCAAAGGAAUCUAAUCACGCAGACAUCUACUAUUUUCUCGCUCCAAACGGAAAAAAACUCAGAUCAUCUGUGGACGUGGCAAGAUACCUGUCGGACAAUGCUAUUCCAUUGCCCUUGGAAUCCUUCACGUUUGCGAGGGAACCUCUUGGAAUUGCAGACAGUAAGAAGGAAAUAAUUCGCUAUGCUAAAACUAAGGAAUCUCCUCCGCCACCAAAAAUCAAGCGGCCAGCUGCACCACCGCCAGCACCAAAAACCCCAGUUGUUCAAAACGUCAACGGAGGAGGCAUCCGACCACCAAAAAGAGCGCGAAAGAGCACCUACCAGGACCCUGUUUGGAUCACAUCAGACCCAAAAAACAAACAAACACCAUGUGGUAUCUACUGCGCCAAAGCUGCUGGAGAGGUGCCGACUUUGCAGUGCAGCUCGUGCGUGUGUCUCUACCACCCUAUCUGCGUUGGACUCAACCAACUUGACUCCAGCCUUCUUCUUGGUUACAUCUGCAAUAAUUGCAGGCAGGAAAAGUCAUCUCAAAAGUCUACCAAAUUUAAUGCCCAGAUAAAAAAAGAACCAAAGCCCGAGGCGCCUCCUCAGUCGUUGGUUGUCCUGGAGGGGCGACAGUUUGUCGUCAUUCCAAAGACAGGUGGCAAAGCACCCUUGGCACCACCACCGCCACCUCCAGCUCCGACACCCGCCCCUCCUCAACCUAAUGAAAACCAUGAGGCCAGCAGUGCUAUGCCGGAAUCAGCCAAAGACACUUCUGCCGUUAACAAGGUUGCUAACAAGCCUAGAGAGAAGAAAAUUCAGCUCUAUGGCCCCGAUUUUGUCAAUAACUUAAACACGGGGACAAAAAUGAUGCUUCAAGUUUUUAGCUACCUGACAGUAAAAGAACUUCUCAGGGCCAGCAGGGUUUGCUCUUCUUGGCGACUAAUUUCAGAGAAUCGAUCCCUGUGGCGCAUAGUUCGUCUGAAGAAUUCAAGUGUAACAUCGUGGAACGAUUGCACUGAGUGGCUGAAUCAUCACCGCACCGAACUGGUUGACUUGCGUAAAAUGGUGAUGCCGGAGAGAAACCCUGUUGCUGUUUGGUCUGAGGUGGCCGCGGCUCUCAGCCAAGUUCGUUCCCUCAAGGCUGUCGAGUUGGGCCGCUGUGCUCCAGCCGCAGUUGCCCUAACUGCUGGCAGCUGCUCCAAACUCACUGCACUAUCAGCCUCAUCCUUGACCUCUUCGGAUGACACGCUGGAUAUGAACUGUCUUCGUGGUAUGACGCAGCUGGAAAAACUGCGACUCAGAGGAGCAUAUUCAUUGAAUGUGCGAAACUUAAGCUCCCUGCAGAAGUUGCCCAAUCUCACUUGCCUGUCUGUGACCUCUGUGAAAGGUCUGCCUGGCAUGGACGUGGCUAUGGUACUCAACGACCUGCCAGGUCUGGAAGUGUUAGAGCUAGGCGAGUGUUUUGAAAUGGUGCAUCACGCUGAGAUAUUGACCGAGGUGCUGGCCAAGCUGCAGUUCUUGAGGCGGCUCAGACUUGAGUACCUCAGCACCCAGAGGCCGCACACUGACGCUGAAACGUUGGUCACCUUCUUUGAAAGCUUGACUGCUCUGCCCCGCCUCGAACACCUGGAACUGGUGCACAUCGAGGCUCCUCCCGGCUGUGAUCUCCAAAUAUCGAAGUUGUCUGCCUUGCGCUCACUUCUACUUGUACCUAGUUUCGUUCAUCAGGGCGCUGUCACAAGUCAAGUUCUCCUGCGAGGAGUGCUUCAGUUGAAAAAUCUCACCAAGCUCACCAUCGGGCUGACUACUCCCAUCAGCGAGACGGGGCACAAGGCCUUCACGCAGAAGCUGGCACGUUCUUCCCCUCAAAGCGCGCCAGCACCAAAGCCCCAUGAAGAUUGUCUGCCGGUAGCAACUCCUCUCCCUACACCAAAAUCGGCACUAGACCCUUUCAAACCAUUUUCAAAAAAGCUGGACAGCAUUGAAGUGGUGCCUGGUUGGCAUUUGCAGAAAGUCCUCAAGGAAAGCCUUCCGAAUGCCGUGGUGAAUGUUCGGCUACUGUCCCAUCCAAAUCGUUACACUCUCGAUGAGUGGCUUUUGUUAUAAAACCUUUAUACCAGCUGUCGUCACAUAAUCCACGCGAUCUGUGUAAGUAAUAGUGGCGCUCUGUCGAUUGUUUGGAUGUUCCUCAGCGUCUCACAAUGUUUUAAUUACCGCAUACCCCACAUCUCAAGCUAUUUUUACCUCGAAUCCUUAAAAUAGAACUCAUUUUGUAAGUUAUAUUUUUUAUCACAUAUUAAUAGUUGUACAUCGAUAAAAAAGUAAUUUUUUAUCACAAUCAUGAAAAAAAUGUAAAUAAAUAUGUCAAAUUAGAUACUAAUUAAAAUUCAUAUUUCUAAC